UAAUAUCUUCUCUUUUGCUAUACACUAUCCAUUAAUUUUAGAUUCCUUUUCCAGCCAAUCAUACCGUCUGUUCCAUGUUUCAUAAUAAAUCAUUUCUUCUUUGUCCUUAAAUUCCAUCAUUAACGUAUCUGAUUCUGCACACUCCAGCAUCUUUUUUAUAAUCAUCGCGUUUGUUGGAGCAUGUUGUUGUUUCCAGUUUUGGACAAAUGAGAUUCUAUACCUCAUAUUCCACAUAAUUACGGCCACUAGAAUCUCUCUCUUUCUCUCUCUCUCUCUUUCAAUCCUAGGGGUCGUUUCUCCUGUGGGUGGGAGGUGAGCACUUCAGGCAUUUGUGCAAAAGUUUCAUGGUUUCAUGACUGACAUCCAGGGCGGUGCUGGGGAGAUGAGUUGGAGGAGGCAGGCAAGGAAGGAGCAUAUAAUUGUGUUUCUGUGGCUAUGGUUGGCCAGGACACCAGUAACUCUAUCUCGUGAAAUUGGCCUCCUCCUGCAUCUCCCCUGGUAGAUACAGUACCAGCAACUGUGCCUGAAAUGUGAACCUCUCGUAUAAUUUAACAGCGUGAGAGGCUGCGGCCAGAAGCUGUCAGCCUCCCUUUCUUUCUCUGGAGGAGAAUGAAGAUGCAGCAGGAGCAGGAAAUGACUGCUCUGCCUUCUGGGCCUGAGGACGAUGAGGCUGCCAAGCCCAGCCCGGAGGCCGCUGUCCCCAGUCCCAGCAGCCUCAAACUCGAGUGCGUCAUCUGUUACUGCUGCUAUGACCUCUCUGCCCGCCUCCCUCGCCGCCUCUACUGCGGCCAUGCAUUUUGCCAGGCCUGUAUCCGGCGCCUCAAUGUGGUGGCCAAUGAGCAGUGGUGGAUCCCGUGUCCCCAGUGCCGCCAAAACACCCCCACCCCACGCGGAGGGGUGGCAAUGCUUGAUUUGGACCUUGCGGCCUUCCUCGCCGUCAAAUCCGAGAAGGUGCUUCCCCGGCAGGGAGGCCGGCUGCAGCUGGAGCAGUUCUCCAAGGAGAAGCCAGUCAUCACGGAGCAGCCGAGCGGCUCGUGCCAGGAAGUUCUGCCUGAACCCCAGCCCUGCCUUCCCCGGAAUGGCUGCUGCUGCCCCUGCGACCCCCCACUCUGCUGUGGAACCGCUGCAGCUUUUCAGAGCUGAAUUAGCUUCC